AUGAACUCUUGGAAGUGAGUGCACCCCCACUUCUAGAUCGAUCCACUUCACUGUCACGACGACGUGCCGUGCGUGCCCGUAACCGUCCACGUCCACCUCCCACGUCAACCUCCACGUCAACGUCAACGGCGAGCACCAUCCUAUCCCGUCCUGGACCCUUGUCGGCGACGCGACUUUGUCCAACAUAUCCCGCAUCAACCUUCAGCAGACUGAAUAUACGAUCCUGCUCCCCGCACAGAUCCGUAUCGGCGUCGUUGCAAGCCGCCGCCGCCGCCGCGGGCGCGACCGUGCAAGGCGCGGCCCAGUCCGUCGACCUCAAGCACACCGGCAGCUCCAUCACCCGAUCCUUUGCCACUCUCAGGUGAGCUAUUAUAUGAUAUGGCGUCCAUUCACGAAACGAUCGCUUCAUCACAGCCGCAUCCUUUUUCACAGCCAAACUGUAAAGGAACGUUCGGGCAACGCCGACGACAUCACCGAGCUACCCGAAGAGUACCUCGAUUUGGAACGUCGCGUCGAUGGUCUGAGGUACGCAUCAAGCUCCAUCGGUGCGGACGUUGUCGUAGUUUGCUUAGUUCGAUCCUCACCCCUCCCUCUUCCCAGAACGGCGCACAUCAACAUCUUGCGAGUCGCCAAGGCCUACGAAGGACCGUACGAUUACCCGACCCAACUGCAAGAGUCCGUCGCCGAGAUCGGAGGAUCGCUCGCGCACAACCUCACCAGCUGGGCCGCAGCGGCAACGAAAGGUUCGUCUCACAAGAUGAAUUACAUCUGCUGGGCAAGAACAAAACCAAAAAAAAAAAAAAAAAAAAAAAAAAAAAAGCUGAUGCCCGAAUCCCAUCUCAUCGAACCAGGGACCAACUUGCCCCAACCUUCCGUCGCGGACAAGCCAACCGAAGUGCAAAAGACGCUCCCUCACGCCCUCUCCCGUGCCGCCGCCUCUGGCGCCGUUCAAGUCGGCCCCGGUCGUCUCGCGAACAUACUCAAGACGUACGCCGUCACCUCCGACAAGAUUGGUAACGCGCGUACGAUCCAGGACGAGGAUAUCCAAAAGAACUUUUUGCACCCUUGGUCCGCGACGUUGAAUGCGAGCUUGCAGGCCGCGAUGAAGAGUCGGGCCAGCGUUAAAAGUGCUAGGUAAGUGUGCGGGGAGGGGUGAGCUGUUGAUGUAUAAGAGAUGUUCGCUGAUGAUGGGAUUUUUGUGAUUUGGUAGGAUCCAAUUGGACGCUCUUCGGGGAACGCUCAAGAGUGCGACAGGUGGACCCUCGCAGGAGAAGGCUCGAAUCGAAGGUCGGUCUUCAGCAGCGCAUCUCAAUCUUACGCAUCUCGCACCAAAGCUAACUCAUUCUGCCUCACAUUUCCUCAGUUGAAGCAGCAGAGGAGAAGCUCGUCAACGCGACCGAGGAAGCAAUCAACCUGAUGCGCUCCGUGCUCGAUUCGCCCGAACCGAUCAAGAACCUCGCUGCUCUCGUCAAGGCCCAACAAGCUUUCUACGCCGAAGCUGCUGAGGUACGUGCCCAGGCGGGAUGGAUCACGACUUUUGAGAGGUGACUGAUGGCGUCUCGAUCUUGAAUCCUUGGGCUAUAGGCGCUCGCGAGCAUUCAGGGUGAAAUGGAGGAGGCGAGUGUACAAGCUGAGGCCGAGUACCGGUGAGUGUUUUCGGAGCGAGCAGCGUUCCGCUCGAGAGGUCUAAUGGCUACUAUCAUCUAUACCAGCAAAUCGCGCGCCCAGUAA